AGUCAAAUGAAAUGACCCAAAUUUAAAAGAAAAAGAGAAUAAUUGCUAUUAACAUUUGUACGCAACAAAAAAAAUCUUGGAUCGACAAACGAAACUCUCGGGGUUGAGUAUGGAGGAGGAAGAUCCAGCAGUAUACUGGAAUUCUUCGGAUAAAGAAUCAUUGGUGGUGUUCGAUAGAGAUCGGCACAUACUGUAUCUACAGAUGAUGUAUCAACUCCUUCCAUCUCCGUAUCAAUCCCAAGAAAUCAACCGCCUCACUCUCGCCUACUUCGUUAUCUCCGGCCUCGACAUUCUCCGCGCACUCGAUCGUGUUGACAAAGAAUCGGUAAUUAACUGGGUCUUAUCGCUGCAAGCUCAUCCAAAGAACGAGGGCACCCUGGAAAAUGGGCAAUUUUACGGGUUUCACGGUUCAAGAAGUUCCCAAUUCCAGUCAAAUGACAGUGGGGCAUCAACCCCCAACGGCAGUCACCUCGCAAGCACGUAUUGUGCACUGGCUAUAUUGAAGUCUGUUGGCUAUGAUUUAUCUCUUAUUGACGCUGAAUUAUUAUUGAAAUCAAUGAAAAACCUCCAACAACCUAAUGGAUGUUUUAUGCCGAUUCAUACUGGGGGAGAGACAGAUCUCCGCUUUGUGUUUUGCGCAGCGGCAAUUUGUUCCAUGUUCAAGAACUGGAGUGGCAUGGAUCGAGAAAAAGCUAAGGAGUAUAUAAUUAGCUGUCAGUCGUAUGAUGGUGGUUUUGGACUAAUUCCCGGUUCAGAAUCUCAUGGUGGUGCUACUUACUGUGCUGUUGCAUCUCUUAAACUGAUGGGAUUCUUAGACGAAGAUGCACUGUCUGAAACUGCUCGCUGUCACUGCAUCAAUGUGCCAUUGCUUCUCGAAUGGAGCUUGCAGAAGCAGGCAGUAGAUGGUGGUUUCCAAGGCAGAUCUAACAAGCCAACCGAUACUUGUUACGCCUUUUGGAUCGGAGGAGUUCUAAGGAUCCUACGAGCAGAUAAAUUCAUCAAUAAGAAAGCAUUACGUGAAUUCUUGUUAACGUGUCAAUCCAAGUAUGGUGGUUUCAGUAAAUUUCCGAGGUUGCUGCCAGAUAUUUACCACUCUUAUUAUGGAUUCUGUGCAUUCAGUCUGUUGAAGGAACCUGCUCUCAACUCUUUAUCCGUUGAACUUGGUUUAACCGAUGUUGCUGCUGUUGGUCUUCUAUCUUUCGGGUUGUCAUAACAAGGAGAAUAUUUAGUUCAGACAUCAUUAAACAUCUACGUGCACCAAGGUCUCUGUGUGUGUGCGCGCGUGCGUGUGUUGUAAGGCUAUUUAUAAGAUUUUUUUUUUUGUUCGAUGAUGUUGUUUACCGACUUUAUGUUCUUUAUACGACACAGUUAGUAUUUUGUUAUCACAUUGAUCUUUCAUAUAGCUGAAGAAUUUGCA